CUCUUUUAAAUUAUUUCGAAGGGACUGAUUCCAGCCUUUGGUCAUACAUUGAUUUUUUGAAACUAAAUCGUACCCUUAUCAUCAAUUCACCACCUUUCAAAGAUCAAUGGAAUACUCUCGAUGGUACAUGGAAUAGGCGAUUUAUACAAGCAGGAAAAGAGCUAUUAGACUUAACGUUAGGUGAAGCUUUUGAGAGUAAGGUGAACCUGGAGCGUGCCAAAUCCAACCUGUGCUCCUUUUGGCAAGAAGUGAUCAUUGAGCGACUACGGCACCAAGUUCAAGCCACUUACGAUAAGGAAACCCUUCUUACGUUUGAUGAAUCAGGUAAAUUCUUUGGAAAGCAACUGCGCUUACCAUACAAUGAGGAGGCAACCUCUUCGGAUGAUAAACGUGCUUUUGAUAGCACUUUAGAUUCAGAUUUAAUUUCCCCUGUGAGGGCAAAGAAG